GUCCCAGUCGCGUCCCGCGUGCGCGCUGUCCGCGUUGAGCAGCAGCUUCCAGAGGCUGCAGCUGUCAGACGCAGCAGCGCGCUCUCGCAGAGCAGCGCUUUUGAGCGCUAAACCGCAUUCUCACAGGAGGAACAAAAAUAAUGGACCUCAAAUUCCUCCCGCUCAGCGUCGAGUGCACCGACGGCCCGCCGCCGGACGUCGAGAGCCUGCCGCACCCGCUCUGCGCGCCGGGGUUCGACGGCUACCACUCGAACUCGUGGCCGCGCGUGGACCUCUGGGGCACGCUCCCGACGGGCCAGCGCGCCACGGUGCACGUGCACGGGUGCUUUCCGUACUUCUACGCGCGGCCGCUGGAAGAGGACGCGGAGGCCGUCCGGGCGUUUAGCGUCGACCCGAACCUCCGGUCGAUCUGCAAGCGCACGGCGGAGGGCCUCGACGAGAUGCUGCGAAACGGCGACGGGGCCCACGGCACCGGCGACGCGCGCGUGCGGUCGGUGACCGUGGCGACGCUGACCCCGUUCUACGGCUACCACCCCGAGCCGCUCCCGUUCCUGCGCGUCGCGCUCUACCGCGCCCGCGACGUCGUCCGCGCCGCGAAGCUGCUCCUCGACGAGGGCUGCUGCAAGUACCAGGGCCGCGCGCUCCGGCUCCAGCCGUACGAGUCGCACGUCAACGCGCACAUGAAGUUCUUCGCCGACGUGGGCGCCGGCGCGCUGCGGCCGCUCGCGCUCGACGACGUGCGCUUCCGCCGCGCGCCGAAGACGGCGCGGGUGGAGGGCUGGGUGUCGGAGGCGACCGUGCGUAAGGCGGGCGCCGGGUACGCGCCGACGAAGAGGCGCCUCGCGGCGCCGACGCUCGCGGCCGACGACGCCGUCGAGGUCGACGUGGCCUUCGCGCGCGUCUCCGCCGCGACGAGCGUCCGAGGCGACGACGACGACGACGACUACGCGGUCCCGGCGCUCCGCGAGCUCUUCGACGACGAGGCGGACCGCCUCGCGGCCGACCACGCGCCGGCCGAGGUGCGCCGCCUCGUCGCGGUCGACCCCGCGUGGCGCGCGCCCGACGGCGCCGCGGGCGCGACGCCGACGCUCGGGCCCGGGACCGCCGAGCGCCAGGCCCGCUGGGCCGAGCCGCUGGCCGCGCUCCGCCGCGUGCCGGAUUCGCCGGCGCCGGCGCCGGCGCCGCGCGCCGACGACGUCGCGGCCUCGCAGCUGCCGCCGCGGCUGUCGCAGGAAAUGUGCACGCAGGCCGACAAGGAGGCGCGCGACCAGGACGACGCGAGCCACGCCAGCGACGACUCCCUCGACGUCCGGGAGCGAGAGGGGCGCCUCGAGGAAAACGACGACGGCAAGGAGCCCGACCCAUGGUUCGACGACCCGAACGAGGGCGACGAGGACGACGAUCGCGCGCGCGACGCCGCGUGGGACGCGAUUCUCGGCACGGACGACGCGGACGAGGGCACGGACGAAGACGACGGCACGGACGAAGACGACGACGCGCCGUCCGCCCUCCCGAAAGCGUCCUCUCAGACCCCGGCGGCGCCGCGCGCCCUGACGCCGACGGGCGCGCGCGUCCUGGCGCCGGCAGAGCCGCCGCCGACGGCCGCCGCCGUGCGCGCGUCGCUCCGCGAGCUCGCGCCGCCGCCGCGGCCGCUCUUCUACGGCGACGCGGCGGACGUCCCCCGGCGCCGGCGAGCGAACGACUGCGGCGCCGUCGACCGCGCGACGCACGUCGCCGACGCGCCCGAGUUCUUCCCGCCGGACGGCGCGUGGCGGCGCCUCGUCGCGGGGACGCGCGGCCGCGGCGCCGCGCGGCGCCGGUGGGCGCGCGCGGCGCGCGUCCUGGCGCCGCUCGCGGACCCGCCGUCGCGCGCGCGCGUCGAGGCGACGCUCGCCGCGGCGACCGCGACGGCGCCCCGCCCGUCGGCGUCGCCGACGGGGUCCCUGCUGACGCCGCCGAACCGGACGCAGUGGACUGAGGCGUCGGGGAGCAGGUCGCGCGACGGCGCGGGCAUGCGGACGCGCGCUGCCGCCGACGGCACGCCCGGCGUCGCCGUCCUGGCGCUCGAGGUGCUGGCCGCCUGCGCGCCGUCGCAGCUCCGGAGCGACCCGAAGAAGGACCCCGUGCGCUGCGCGUGCUGGCGCUUCCGCGCGCACCACCUCGCCGACGCGGCCGACGACGAGGUCGGCGUCGUCGUCGUCCUCGACGCCGCCGCCAGGCGCGCGGACGAGCCCUCCUGGCGCCGCGCCUGGGACGCGACCGACGAGGCCGUGGCCGUCGAGAUCGUCGCCGACGAGAGGGCGCUCGUCGCGGGGCUCCGGCGCCUCGUCGCGCGCCUCGACCCGGACGUCCUGCUGGGCUGGGACACGGCGCGCGGGUCCUGGGGCUACGUCGAGGCGCGCUGGGGCGUGGUCGCGCCGAGUGACCGGAAGCAGCUCUUCUCGCGCGACACGAACGCGCGCGCCGACCGGGGCGACCGCGGCCGGACGUACGCCGCCGCCCGCGGCCGCGUCGUCGUCGGCGGCCGCGCGGCCGUCCGCGGCGACGCCCUGCUCGUGCGGCUCCUGUCGCACGACCUCGCGGCCGUCGCGCCCGUCGUCCUCAAGCGGCGCGCGCCGCCGACGCACGACCGAGCGGAGCUCGCGCAGCUCUUCGCCGCGCCCGAGGUCGACGCGCGCGUCGCUGCGGUGACGCACGUCCUCGCCGAGACGACCUGCGGCCUCGAGAUCGUCGCCGGGCUCGACGUCGUCGGCCGCGCGGCCGAGCUCGGCCGUCUGCUGGGGAUGCCGCUCGCCGACGCGCUGACGCGCGGGUCGCAGCACCGCGUCGAGGCGAUCCUGCUCGGCGUCGCCAAGCCUCGGCGCGGCGCGAACCCGCUGACCUUUCUGGACGCGCGCGGCGACGAGCGGCCGCCGCCGGGCGCCACGUGGUACGCGCUCCGGUCGCCGUCGCGCGCCGACGUCGCCGCGCAGCCGGCGAUCGAAGAGACCGCCUGCAUCCUCGAGCCGGUCUCGGCCAUUUACACGGACCCCGUCGCCUGUCUCGACUACCAGUCGCUCUACCCGUCGAUGAUCGUCGCGCACAACCUCUGCUUUUCGACGUGCGUCGGCCGCCUCGCGGCGGCGGGACCGCCGCGCGCGGCCGGCGACGUGAAAAAACGUCCCGACGGCGACGCGUCGGACUCGGACUCGGACUCCAAGUCCGCGGCGUCGUCGCUCGACGGCGCGCCGCAGGCGGCGCGACCGCGGGACCCGGCGCCGGCGCCGGCGCCGGGCGCGGCGACGACGGGCCGCCUCGGCGUCGUCGCGCACUGGCCCGCGGCGGAGGCGGCGCGCGCGCUCGAGCACGCCGAGGCGAGCGGCCCCGUCUACGUCGCGCCGAACGGCGCCGUCUUCGCCGGCCCGGCCGCGCGCGAGGGCGCACUGCCGCGCAUGCUCCGCGAGGUGCUCGCGGCGCGGUUCCUGACGAAACAGGCGCUGAAGCGCGCGCGCGCCGCGCGCCGCGGCACGCUCGCGCGCGUCCUCGACGCGCGCCAGCUCGCGCUCAAGCUCGUGGCCAACGUGACCUACGGCUACUGCGCAGCGUCGUUCUCCGGCCGCCAGCCGUGCGCGGACCUGGCCGACGCGAUCGUCGCGUCGGGGCGGAGCUGCCUCGAGGACGCCGUCCGCGUGGCCGGCGGCGCGGGCGCCGCGAACCCCGUCAAGUACGGCGACACGGACUCGAUCUUCGUCGAGAUGGCCGGGGCGUCGGUGGCGCAGGCGCUGGACCGAGCGCACGAGAUAUCGAAGACCGUCUUCGCCGGCACGCCGCCGGCGGUGCACCUCAAGGUCGAGUACGUCUUCGACGGCUGCGCGCUCGUGUCGAAGAAGCGCUACGUCGGCCGCGCCGUCGAGGCGCCGGGCGAUACGCCGCACCUCCUCGUCAAGGGCCUCGAGCUGAAGACGCGCGACCAGUGCGACUUCGUGCGGGAGCGCCUCGAGGCCGUCGUCCGCGACGUGCUCGCGACGCGCGACCUGUCGCGGGCGAAGCGGACGUUCCAGCGCGCCGUCGUCGGUGUCGAGGCCUGCCCGCUCCAGGACCUGAUCCUCUGGCGGCGCUACCGAGGAGAGGGCGCCUACAAGACCAACACCCACGACCUCGUCGGGCCCGUCAAAGAGCUCGACGCCAGAGGCAACCGGACGGCCGCAAAGGACCGCGUCGGGUACGUCGUCGUGAAGGACCCGGGCUUGAAACUCUACCAGCGCACGCACGCCGCGACUCACGAGGCCGGUCUCGCGCUCCGCGUCGAUCGCACGUUCUACAUCAAGAAGAAGCUGCUGCCGCCGCUGUCGCGCAUCCUCGACGUCUGCGGCGUCAACGUCUUUGCCUGGUACCAGGCAACGCCGAAACCAGCGCUGCGCGUCCGCUUGCCGGCGCCCGAUGCGCGGCCGACCGGCAAAAUUACCUACUUCUACCCAUCCAGACACUGCAUCCACUGCGGCGUCGUCGCCGCCAAGCCGCCGGUCUGCGACGCCUGCGCCGCCAGGCCCGACUUUCUCGCGGUCGAGCACUUCAUCCGCGAGCGCGGGCUCGAACGCCGGCGCUGGGAGCUCGAGCGCUCUCUGGCGGCGGCGGGCCUCGGCCCGCGAGCGUUGCCCGCCGGGCUCCACCUCGCGCCGUCGAAGACGUCGCUCGAGGACGACCGAACCUUCGAAUAUCGCCGCGUCCUCGACGCCAUCGAGGACAACGACCGGCGCUGGCUGGCGACGCUCGAGUACCUCCAGCGGCGCAAGAAGCGGCGGCGGGACGAUGGCGCGGGUCCGGGCCGCGCGCGGCGGUGCUUCUAG